AUGGCUCGAGGCAUCUUUUUAGGGAGGUCGCGCACACCACAGCCAAUGGAGCUCAUUUCAAACCCGGUUCUGAAGUAUUCGGACGCAUUGCCUCGGACGGAUUUGAGAGAUGUCGACAACGUCGCCAACGGUCGCCCUGUAAACCGCGCCGUUGCGCAAUGGGACUUGCAGCGCCCCAGAACAGCAGAUGGACGUAAACAGAUCAAGAAGGGACAAGGCCUCAAUCCCGGCUUCGACUUUCGGAUCGCCAUACCUCCCGCUGAAGCAGUGCCUUUGCCCAAGAGCCCUGAUGAUGAUCCAAACUCACACAUGAUCGGCAUAGCCUUGGGUAGCCCUCGCAUGGCAGAACCGCAGAGCAUGCUCUCGCAAAUGCAAGAACAGCCGCCCGUUUCAACUUCGGCAAGCUCCGAGCAAGCGUCGCCUCAAGCGUCACCUCCAAAGCGCAAACCGAGUAAAUGGAGGAAGAUUGGCGGAUUAUUCAAGGCCAAGAAUGGUAUGGCAGCUACCGCCAACCAGCCAUUCUAUCAGGUUCGCUGUAAUGAGGAGUGGCCUCUACAGGAAUCCACGCAUUCAGUCGACUACCAACAGCAAUGCGAGGCUGAAAACACGGCUCCUCCGCCUCCCAAUUUAGAAAUAUGGCCGUGUCUUGAGGCGGAGAAUGAACCCAAAUCCAACGAUCAAAGCAACUUGGUGACGGCUCCUCACGACUCAGCCAAGAAUAAUGGCCUUGUAUCUGAUGCAAAGCCACGCACUGCAGGACCUUUUCUGCAAAUCGACAUUCCCGAUGUUCAGCUAGAAAGGUAUAGCGUCAUGUUUGGCGGCGUUCUAAAUCAAAACGAGCCGUCGUUGUUGAAGAGGCGGAGUAAGACUUUGGAGGAUGUGAGCAUCCCAAAGCCAGGGGCAGCCCUACCAUCACCGGACUUGCACCCUCCUCGACGACGGGCGACAUCGCCGCGACCACUACAUCCCAGCUUCAAUCUGUUCCCAGCGCAAAUACCUGUCAGCAAGGCGUCGAAGGUUCUGGGCUCUCAGAACAUACCAAGAGGCCCCAGCCCUCUCCAUCGAAGCCAAACAUCGCCCUCUCGAUUGGGCCAAGAGACACCCACGGAUGAGCCAAGUCACGUCCUUUUGAGGGUGCAGAGUCCAUCCAUCAAGUCGCCCAAGUCGCAUCAAACCAAGAACUCCGUCUCAUCGAUUCUGUCAACAGUGUCAAUGGACUCCACCGAGGAAGAGCGCCUUCUGCAGAAACUCAAGCAGACAAAAAUCCACGUGGACACAGAACAGGAGCCUGAAUGGGAAAUCAUCAGCAAGACGACAACCAAGUCCUCAAGCCCAAGUCCGAGCCCGAUUCAGAACCCGACCCCCAGCCCAAGGCAGAGAACACCACCCCUGGCCCUAACUAUCAGCACGCAAAACCUGCUAUCCGCGGGGUCCAGCAUAAGCUCCGCUCCAUCCCCCCGCCUCACACCCAUCAACUCCGCUGCGCGCGACAAGACCGAGCGCAUCAGAUCCCCCAUCGAAACUCUAUCCGCACUCUCCCCGUCCUCGACCACACGCAUGCCCCUCAGCGAUGAUAACGAGGACAUCGAAUCGAACGAGCCCAUGGACCCCAUCCCCAAGGUCGAAGUCUCCAUCGCCAGAUCCGUCUCCGUCUCGCGAGGGAAGAAGCAGGUCAUCGUACCCAUCAGGCCGAGGACGGAUAGACUGAGUCCCGAUGAGAGGCUCGUCGUCCGACGGGCGAAAACCCCACAGGUACGAGACGCGCACCACGGUCAUCGGCAUGGGAACUCGCAGGACGCGCGCAUCGAAACUAUAUAA